GACAUAAGAGGAGAACUAAACUACUUGGAAAGUGAUAAACGACAAUCGGCUCCCACAGAGACCAAAGCUCCAAGACCAUGAGGCCCCAGGUGCUGUUCUGGCUGCUUGGAGGAGCCCUCAUGCUUUCUUCAACCACGGCCCUGGUCUGUCUCAAGGGCUACCUGAUCCACAUAGCUGACAGGUCAGAGUUCCCCAUUGCCUGGACUGUCAAACUGAAUGAGACCUGUCAGGCAGGGGAGAAAUGUCAGGAGACGCUUAUCCUCGUGGAGUCAGGGGACCAGAUAACUGCGAUUACCAGUCAGGGCUGCACCUCAGCCCAAGCCCAUGAAUCUAAGGACGUCCAGCACCGAGCACCCCCUGGGGUCACCAUUGCGUCUUUCACCAAAGUCUGCCAGUCGGACCUGUGCAACAAUCUGGACAACACUGUUCCCUUGUGGACAAUGGAACCCACGUACCCGCCAGCGCCAGGGGGCUUGCAAUGCCCAGCCUGCAUGUCUUUACGCUCUUGCCCGGGCAGGACUUACAUGGUCACCUGCCCCGCGGGCACUGCUCGCUGCUACCAAGGAAACAUCCGUCUUGUGGGAGGGGACUUGUCACAUUCUCUGCAGGUUCGGGGCUGUGUCCCCCAGGAGGCAGCCCAGGAGGGCUGCCAACUGCUCAACGGGACCCGGACCAUUGGCCCCAUUGCCCUGAAGGAGAGCUGCCAAGCCUCUGGGGCCUUGACUUGUUAUCAGAGCGUGUUUCUAUACUUUGGACAAAACCUAAGGGAAGAACCGCAAAAUCUGGAGACCGACUCCGACGUCACGUGUGAGGCCGGGGAAGUGUGUCACGAGACCGUGCUGCUCAUAGAGUCAGGACCCAACGGCAUCAUGCUGGGCAGUAAGGGGUGUAUAAGGCCUGACAGUGCUUCGUCCAGAUCUACCAAGAUCGGCCCCCCCGGGAUUACCAUCACCUCCUAUACCCGGCUCUGCAACUCCAACAUGUGCAAUAAUAUCAGCAGCACGGCUUCCAUUUUGAAGCCGUCUCCUCCAGCUGAGCCUGCCCCCGGUCAUCUCCUGUGUCCAACAUGUGUGACCUUGGGAUCCUUCUGUUUCACUGACCCUCUAUUUACUUGUCCAAAGGGCACCUCCCGAUGUUACUACGGAAGGUUGCAGCUCAAUGGAGGAGGGAUCUCAAGUGGCUUGACCAUCCGCGGCUGUGCACCCCCAAACCCCAGAGACUGCAAAUUACUUGGGGAAACCCAAGCUUUUGGACCCAUUAAUGUGUCUGAGUUCUGCGGAGAGCCAUCGGGGAACCAGUUGUUCUUUAACAGGGUUUCUGCCACCACAGCCCCAGCCUGGGGAGUGGGAGUUGGGUUUCUCUUGGUUUUGUGGGGAGAUCUCCCCUAAUUCUGAGGGCCUUUGGCUUCUGGGACCCAUUGACACAUUUUGAUAUGCAACGACCUUCAACACCAAUGGCUCCUGACUCCCAGUGACUUCCCCAUCCCCAAGUUCCUUGAUGCUGGAAGGGGGAUGACGGGAAGCGUGAGGAAAUACUCACUGAAACCUGAAAAUAAAAUAUGCUCUAUCCAGCUGGGCCCUUGGUCUGUUUGUAGCAUGGAGGAGGACAAAUCAAAAACUACUCUCUCUCACUCAUUGUCUCGCCCCCCAACUCCCUGUCACUGCUUCUCAGUCCAUGAUAGACCCUCAGCCUCUGCAUCCUUUCUCUUCUUAGUAGAUACUCCAACCUCCCUGCUAUUAAUAUGGGUUUCCCGUGCUGAUUGUGUCAAUAAAUCAUGUGGAUAUUAA